GUAUUUAUCUGAUGUAACUCCUCCCCCUCCUCUCUGCAGGUAUUGUUGUCUGAACGGGUGUCUCACUGAAACCCUGAGGUGACUGCUCCAGCAGGUUGGACAACAAGUCGCCGGUGUGUUUGCUGAGCCUCGCAGCUGUCUAACUGACGCUGAAAUGGACUCGUGGUUCAGACCGGUUAAGAUCGCUUACAAGCGGUGGAAGAAUCCUGAACAAGGUGUCCACGUUUCUUCUUUCAGUGUGAUGACAUCGAGGGGGGAAUCAGGCUUGGUGGGUCACAGCGAUGAGUCCCAGGUCACAGACACCGAGCUCUGCACUAUAGCCUCAGCAACAGUCGACUCAGCGACCAGACAGGCUGCAUCCACAUAUGGAUCUAAUAAAACUGAAGAAACCUUGACAGUAGACGAUGUACUGGAGGUUAUUGGUUUUGGAAAGUUCCAGUGGAAAAUCUCUCUCCUCACCGGACUGUCAUGGUUAGGGGAUGCCAUGGAGAUGAUGAUCCUCAGCAUCUUAGGCCCCCAGUUGCACUGUGAGUGGAGGCUGCACAGCUACGAGGUGGCUCUCUUAACAUCGGUGGUGUUUGUUGGGAUGGGGAUUGGUUCACCUGUAUGGGGGAAGUUGUGUGACAAGUACGGCAGAAAAGUUUGUCUGGUAAUUUGUAUGUGCUGGACUCUGUACUACGGCCUGAUGAGUACCUUUGCUCCAGUGUACGGCUGGCUCCUUGUCCUGCGGGGCCUCGCAGGCUUUGGCGUCGGAGGAGCUCCUCAGGCGGUGACGCUCUACUCAGAAUUCCUCCCAGUGAAGGCGAGAGGCAUGUGCAUCAUGCUGAUUGCGGUAUUCUGGGCAGGUGGUGCUGUGUUUGAGGUCCUCCUGGCCCUGUUGGUAAUGCCCACUCUCGGCUGGAAGUGGCUGCUUAUACUGUCUGCUUUACCAAUGGCAAUCUUUGUUUGCUUCUGCUUUUGGCUGCCUGAAAGUCCUCGUUUUGACCUGCUGACAGGAAGAAGAGAGAAGGCCAUGGCGACUUUAGCACGCAUCGCCAAAGACAAUGGCAAGGUUUUACCUCAAGGGAAGAUUACUGUUUGUAAACAGAAUGACCGUGGACAGAUCAAAGAUCUCUUCACUCCUCAGUAUUGGAGGACUACGCUUCUUCUCUGGUUUAUAUGGUUUGCAAAUGCUUUCUCCUACUACGGGAUAGUCCUGUUGACAACUGAACUGUUGCAAGCUGAAGAUUCAUGUGGGGCGAUCCAAGAGGACAAGAUUGGAUCGAGCUGUAGUCUUGAAUGCAAAUAUUUGACAUCAGCUGACUACAAAGACCUUUUAUGGACGACCUUGGCUGAAUUCCCAGGUAUUUUCAUUAUCCUUCUGGCAGUUGAGUAUAUUGGCAGAAAGAAAAGCCUGGCACUGUCUUUCUUCAUGUUUUCUUUGUUCGCUCUGCCCUUAUGUGCUUGUAUUGGGAGGACGACUCUUACCAUCUUCAUCUUUAUAGCCAGAGCCUUCAUCUCUGGAGGAUUUCAAGCCGUUUAUGUUUACACACCAGAGGUAUAUCCUACAGAAAACCGAGCCUUAGCAAUGGGCACCUCCAGUGCAAUAGCCAGGGUGGGUGCCAUGAUCACCCCCUUUGUGGCACAGGUGUUACUCGGAUCAUCUGUGUCUUCAGCCCUGCUGGUGUACUGUUGCUGUGCUGUGCUGGCUGGCAUUGCGUCCUUGAUCCUGCCCAUCGAGACAUUAGGCAGGGCUCUGCAGGAGUCCCAUCCUGGCCCAGAGGCCAGAGGGCAGACAAGCUCCACAACCACCUAGUCCAAUGGCACAACACACUCCUCACAACAGGGUUAGAUCAACCAGGAGGCAUGAAAAAAGCAUAUUUUGUCACCUCCCCAGGCUGCUGCGGAUGCCUGCAGUUGUCUCUUUAACUACGGACUGAAUCAUCUGAGCGAUGAUGGGUGAAGAGCAGCAGGGGACAAUCUCAUUACAGGGAGUGAUAAUUGAGGGUAGGCCUACUGCCCAUGUCUAAUGAGAGCGGAAGCUCACUUUUGCUUGGACUGGUUUGUUUAUCCUCUCUUCCACUGAGGCCAUGAGAACCAACAGAGGAAAUGAUGUGCUAUGCAGGCUCUGCUCAGAGCUACACAUU